AUGAAAAAGAAAUUCACUUUAUAGUUUUGCCAUCCUACAAUAGAAUAAGCUUAUUAAAAAGAUAGAUUAUUGAAAUAUUUGUGGAUGAAGAAAAUACUGGCAAUAUUAAUCCUUUUGUUUUCAAUGGCUGGUUUAAUUAGUUCCCUUUUUUAUGAAAAAAAAAUAAUCUUGUAUUGGGAAAUAGGAUUUACAAGUUACAGCAUAUUUUUAGUUAUAAUAUCCUUUAAGGGAUCACCAGAAAAAGUAAAGACUAUCUUUCAAUUUACAAAUAUCAUUUUAUGUAUCCUUUAGAUACGUGUUAAUUAAUAUUCUAACCCUUAAUGUAUUUAUUUAAGUGGAUAAAACAUUAUGAUUUUCAAUAUGAUAAUGUUUUAUUUUUCAAGUAUCUAAGAAGCAUCAAUUUAACUGUUAUUUUUUCUUAUUUCUAGAUGUUUAAUAACUGGACUUGUAAAUGAUAUGUUUAUAGGCUAAGAUAUAAUAUCAAUUGUUAUAACAACUCUUGUUAUAUUGAUUUUUAUAUAUCAAAAUGAUAAGAUUUAAAGAGGAUAUUUCUUAUUGUAAUUCUCUGAUAAACAAUGGGGUAUGAGUAUUAAUUAAUUAAAGAAUAAACUUUACCAAUUAUCAUUUAAAGUCCUUUCAUUAUGUUUACUUUUGAUGAAGAAAGAUUGAAUUUUAAUUUAAAAAUUGCUAAUGAUAUGACAGGAAUUUGUUGGGAUAAUGAAAAGGCACCUUCUGAAAAUUUAAGAUUCUUUUUAAGAUCAUUUAAAAUGGGAAAUGAUAAUCUUGAAUAAUAUUUAGUUACAAGAAGUAGAACUUGUAGUGAUUAUAAAAAGAUUUAUUAAUUUCAAUUAAGAAUUCAAAGAAAUGAAUCAAUUUAUGGAACCAAAAAAUUUAUUAUUCGAUUUUCAGAUUUCUAUUUAAGAGAAUAAGUAUUUUUAAUUGUUUUUGAUUAACAUGAAUAAAAAGUUAGAAUUUUAGAGAAAGUAAAAACUGCCUUGAUUUAAGGUAUAAAUUAACAUCAAAGUUUAACAAUCAAUUUCUUAUAAAAGUAAUAAUAAUUAAUAUAGAACUUAAUUAUUUCUAAUAAUUCUUUAUGCACUAUUUAUAAAAUGAAAAUUCAUUGUAUGUAUUUUAUUGGCAAAUAUACUUAAUGUAAUAGUUUCUAAGAAAUCGAACAAAAAAUAAUAUCAAUUAAUAUAACUGAGAUGAUUAAAGAAUUAAUUCAAAUAUAUUGUAUGGCCUAUAAAUAAAUUUAAAUUGAGUUUUCUAGUAGUACAUUUGAAGAAAUUUCUAUAUUUAGUAAUGAACAACUAUUGAAUAUAUUUUUAGUAAUAAUAUUCCAAACUCUUAUUCGACUUUGUUAAAACGGAAAAACAGUCUUUGUUCAUGUCAGUGAAAUUAAUACUUAAAAAGAUUUAGAACUAAUAAAAAUCAGUGUAUUGUUUAACAAAUCAGAAGAGCUUAAAUAAAAAUUAGUGUAUAACUCAUUAUUUUAUAAAAUAUAAGUAAGACUUAGUCCAAAAGUAGAUAUUAUAUCUGAUAAUAAUUGUAAUGAUCAUUUUUAUAUUAAAAUUAGCAUGUCAUUUUGAAAUUUAUAAAGAUUUAAAUUAGUUGAAUGCGAUACGAAUGUUAGAGGAGGAUUUGAUAUGA